UUUUUUUUUUUCUUCUUGAUUUCUUGAUUAUCUCGUUCUCACUGUUACUUGUCUUAGUAGUACGUGUCUCGCCAUGUCCGCCGACGAGAAAAAGGGUCUCAUGGAGCGCGUGACGGAACCGGUUGUGCCCAAGGAGGUUGCGAGCAAGAUCUCGCUUCUGGAGCAACAGUUUAUUCGUGCGGAGGUGGAGCAAUUGCGCCAGUCGAUUCUGUCGUUCCGUCCUCUUUUUGAAAAGCGCGCCGAAAUUAUCACCCAUCCCGGUGUGCAGUCCAACUUCUGGGUUCGCGUCUUGUCCAAUGCGCCCGCCGAUAUCGAUGAACACAUUACCUCCUCUGAUGCCGCCAUCCUGGGCUCCGCCCUCAAGAAUCUAACCGUGGAGCGAUUCGAAAUCAACGAAAAGGGCGAGGGCGAACCGCGCAGCAUCCGCUUCACAUUCGAAUUCCACACCGACGAGGGCGCAAACCCCUUUUUCGAGAAUGACAAGCUCGUCAAGGAGUUCUACUGGCGCAAGGAAAUCACCACCACUCCUAGCGGCAAGAAGAGGACCUGGGAUGGCCUUGUCUCGGAGCCGGUGCGCAUCAACUGGAAGAAGGAUAUGGAUGUCACAAAGGGCUUGCUUGAUGCUGCCUGCGACUUGGCCGAGGCAGAGAAGAAGAAGAAGAAGGGCGGCGAUCGGAAGGAGCUGCCCGAAUUCGAGAAGCUCGUCGCGAAGAUCGCGGCCGUUGAGGCUGCGGAUAUGGAGGCUGACGAGGAGGAAGAAUUCGAUCAGUCCACUGGCACGAGCUUCUUUAACUUCUUUGGAUAUCGUGGAAGCGACGUGACUGCCGAACAGUCCGCAGCAGCAACUAAAGAGGAGAGCGAGAAGUUCGACAAGGCCCUCAAGGGCGAGUCUGCCGGCGAUGACGAUGAAGACGAGGAUGAAGAGGACGACGACGUGGAUGAUGAUUUCGACAUGAUCGAGAUUUUCCCCGAUGGCAACGAACUCGCGAUCAGCCUCGCUGAAGAUCUGUGGCCCAACGCGAUGAAAUAUUACGUCCAAUCCUUCGAGGAAACCCCGGAUUUUGACGAGGAUGAGUUGGAUGAGGAGGAGCUCGAAGCCGAAUUUGACGAUGACGAAGAGGAGGAAGAUUCUCGACCCCGCAAGAAGAGCAAGGUCUAAUUUGUCGAACUUGCGUGUUUAUUCUUUUCUUUUCUUUUUUUUUUUUCAACAUACGAACUCCGCACUGUAUUCACAGCGCGAUGACUAGAAUUAAUAGGAGAACCAAAACAAAAAUGAGGGCCGCGAUGCAGAAUGACGACAUUGU